CAAAGUUAUAGUCACCGUGAAAAAGCACCCCACACAUCGCGUUCACACUUACACACACGCUUCCUCCUCCUAUAAAUACCCCAAACCCCCCAUCUCCUUCCCUUCACACGCGAAAUCUCCAGCGUUCACACUUGUCCACCCUAAACAUAUGGAACUUGGCACCGUACCCUUCUUCACCCAAGAAGACUAUUCCCACUUCCAUAACCUCUUUCAAGAAAUGGACUCCAACAGCCUCAACAACAAGAAAAAGCGUAACAGAAAAGACGACGACAGCGGAGGGCAAAAUGGUAAUAACGAUAACAAUAAUAGUAACGGUAACUUUAAGGACAUACUUGCCUCGCUGAUUCUGUUAGAAGAGGAAGAGAACCGAGAAGAACGAAACAGGGUCGUUGAAUCAGAGCAACACCGCGCCAUGUUCAAUGCCAGCUACGACUACCAGGCCCAGGCCAUGGACUCCAUGGCCCAAUUUCAAGCCCAAUACGCCCAAUUAGACGAGCUCGAUCACAAGACAUCCAAGAGGGCCCGUCGUUCCAUUGCAGCAGCACCAGCUUCAGCUUCAGCUUUCGCUUUCGCUUCCGGUUCUGUUUCCAACGAGUCCGGUUCCGGUUCGGUUCAAACACGUUCAGAAGCGGUUCAGCAAAGGAGGCUAUGGGUGAAGGACCGGUCCAAGGACUGGUGGGAGCGGAUCAGCCGGCGAGACUUCCCGGAGGAGGAGUUCCGGCGAUGGUUCCGAAUGAGUAAAAGCACGUUCGACAUGAUCUGCGAAGAACUCGACCCGGCGGUGACGAAGAAGAACACGAUGCUCCGCGACGCGAUUCCGGUUCGCCAGCGCGUCGCGGUCUGUAUAUGGCGGCUCGCAACCGGCGACCCGCUCCGGCUAGUGUCGAAGAGGUUCGGCUUGGGGAUAUCAACGUGUCACAAGCUCGUGCUGGAGGUGUGCUCGGCGAUACGCACCGUCUUGAUGCCGAAGUUUCUCCAGUGGCCGAACGAGGAAAAGAUGAAAGCAGUAAAGGAAGAGUUCGAGGGCAUUUCGGGAAUUCCAAAUGUCGGGGGUUCAAUGUACACGACACACGUGCCAAUCAUUGCGCCGAAAAUAAGCGUGGCGGCGUAUUUUAACAAGAGGCACACGGAGAGGAACCAGAGAACGAGUUACUCGAUAACGGUUCAGGGAGUGGUGGAUCCAAAAGGGGUUUUCACUGACGUGUGCAUUGGAUGGCCCGGUUCCAUGGCCGAUGAUAAGGUCUUAGAAAACAGCGUUUUGUACGAAAGAGCAAAUAGAGGGAAUUUGAAGGACGUUUGGAUUGUGGGGAACUCGGGUCACCCUCUUAUGGAUUGGGUUAUGGUGCCGUACACUCACCAGAAUCUGACGUGGACCCAACACGCGUUUAAUGAAAAGAUUGGGGACAUUCAGAGCGUUGCCAAACAGGCCUUUGCUAAGUUGAAAGGGAGGUGGGGUUGUUUGCAGAAGAGAACGGAGGUUAAGCUUCUUGACUUGCCCGUUGUUCUUGGCGCCUGCUGCGUUUUGCAUAAUAUCUGUGAGAUGAGGAACGAAGAGAUGGAUCCUGAUUGGAUGUUUGAGCUUUUCGAUGAUGAGAUGGUUCCUGAGAAUGCCAUACGCUCUGCCUCUUCUAUGCAGGCUAGGGAUCACAUUGCUCACUAUUUGUUACAUCAUGGCCGUGCUGGCACCCGAUUUUUGUAGCUCUAGCUCCUUUAUUCUUUUGGCUAUGUCUUGUUAUAGUCACAAUUCAUAAUAAGAUCCUUGCAUUACACACAAUUGAUAUCAUCAUGUGUGCAUAGAUAGAAUCAUAGAUUGUAUAGAGAAUUUUUCACUCGCUCAAUUAAGGGUGUUGCUAAACAAUACUACUUCUGGAGCCUUAAUAUAUCAAUGCAUACAAUGUUUUUAUUGAUAAUUAAUUAUGUGACUGUUGUAUUCUUUGAAAAAAAUAUAUAUAUAUUUGUAUUUGUUUACAGG